UUUUAAGAAGACAUGGCUUAUUUGUUUGUUUGUUUUAAGCGGGACUACAAAGACAUGUCUCAGGCGCCCAAAAGGUUUUAAGACGAAGGAAAUAUCCGAAAUAAGUAUCCGAGCCUCUCCGUAAGAAUCCGAAACUUUCCUAGAGAGGCAACCUUUCCCGAAGGCUUCUGAGACGAUUCGGGAAAAGGGAGUAGGGAGCGGGGAAAGCCAGACACUUGUCGAAAGGCAUUCCGGAGAUAGCCGAGAAUUUCCGUUCACAUCCGAAGCAGUCACCGGAAGUUGCCGAACUCCCAGAGAAGGCGCUGUUGCGGUCUAUUGCGUGAGGACGACCUGGGCUAACGCGCCACCAUCGUCCAACCGUAACUAGGACGGACCAGGGGACGUCCUCCUCCCUUCUCCGCAGCUAUGUCAGACUUCGACGAGUUCGAGCGGCAGCUAAAUGAAAACAAACAGGCCCCCACCGCAACAUCGCUGGCAUCCGCUUGGAUCACGAACGGCCUUUCGGGAUCUGGAUGUUUUAACACGGAACGUGAUAAAGAGAAUCGUCAUCGUAAACGCAGCCACAGUCGUUCACGGAGUCGUGACAGGAAACGUCGCAGUCGUAGCCGUGACAGGCGCAACAGGGAUCAGCGCAGUGUUUCACGAGAUCGCAGGAGGCGCAGAUCUCCUCUAAGCCUGUCAGGUUCUCUAAGCCGUUCUCCUCGGCAUGAGAAGAAGAAGAAAAUUCGCAAGUAUUGGGAUGUCCCUCCUCCAGGUUUUGAGCACAUUACACCCAUGCAGUAUAAAGCCAUGCAGGCUGCAGGACAAAUUCCAGCUACAGCCUUACUACCAACCAUGACUCCAGAUGGACUAGCCGUAACACCUACACCUGUGCCUGUAGUUGGCAGCCAAAUGACGCGACAAGCUCGACGUCUCUAUGUUGGCAAUAUCCCUUUUGGAAUCACUGAGGAAGCAAUGAUGGAUUUCUUCAAUGCCCAGAUGCGCCUUGGUGGCCUUACUCAGGCUCCCGGUAAUCCUGUCUUGGCUGUGCAAAUUAACCAGGACAAGAACUUUGCUUUUCUGGAGUUCCGUUCUGUGGAUGAAACUACACAGGCCAUGGCUUUUGAUGGGAUCAUUUUCCAGGGACAGUCACUGAAGAUCAGACGCCCCCAUGAUUAUCAACCACUUCCUGGCAUGUCUGAAAACCCAUCAGUUUAUGUGCCAGGUGUCGUUUCCACAGUGGUCCCAGAUUCUGCUCAUAAACUGUUCAUUGGGGGUCUGCCAAACUAUCUUAAUGAUGAUCAGGUCAAGGAGUUGCUUACUUCCUUUGGGCCCCUGAAAGCUUUCAACCUGGUGAAGGACAGUGCCACUGGCCUGUCGAAAGGUUAUGCCUUCUGUGAAUAUGUGGACAUCAAUGUCACAGACCAGGCCAUCGCGGGGUUGAAUGGCAUGCAGUUGGGUGACAAGAAGCUUUUGGUGCAGAGAGCCAGCGUGGGAGCCAAGAAUGCUACUCUGGUGAGGAAGAAAAGGGAUUGGGAUGAGGGCGAAAUGGUACCAAAGAACAACCUUUCCCGGAUAUAUUUGCAGAUUCUGUUUCUGAAAGUUAGAACAUUGGUUUUACCAAUACAAUCAAAUGUCAGUGGAUGCAGGCAUAGGGGAACUACUCGUGUCUUGCCUUGCUCAAUGAGAGAAAAGCAAUUUCAGGCCAAACAAGGUUCCAAAGCCUUUUAGGUUAUCCCGGAAAUA